AUGAAGAAAGCGUUAAAUUCUUCUGGCUUCGGCCCUUGGCUGGGCUGGGUGUGCAUGUCGGCGUCCAGAAAGUCGGUGACGCUCACCCUCCUCGACGAUGGCGCGUCUGAGGGUCACCGCUUUGGCAUCAACGCGCUGGCUUCGACUUGCGCGUCGGCGUGGGGAUCGUCGCGCGAGCUCUUUACCGGCGGCCGUGACGGCUCGGUGCGCUGCUGGCGCGAGCCCGAGGGUGGUGGAGUCCCGCGGCUGCGCUUCACCGUGGACGAGCACACAGACUGGGUCAACGACCUCGCGCUGCUGACGGACGGCGAUCUGACCUCUGCUGUCGUUUCCGCCUCGAGCGACCGGACGAUCAAGCUCUGGCGGCCCGAGGGCGAGACGGGGACACCGUCAAAGUGCUACACGCUGCGGCAGCACACCGACUUUGUCAAGGUGCUCGGGUACGCGGCGGACGCGGGCACACUCGCCUCGGCCGGCUGCGACUGCUGCGUGGUCGUGUGGGACGUGGCGCGCCUGGCGCCGCGAGUCGUCAUCGGCGGCAGCGAGGGCGCGCGGGCGCACGGAGACUCCAUCUACGCGCUGGCGGUGAAGCUCGACGGCGGGCUCAUCGCCACGGGCGCCGUCGACGCGACCCUCCGCCUCUGGGACCCUCGCGCGCAGGCGGCGGCGGUCGGCUCUCUGGUGGGCCACACAGACGUGGUGCGCGGGAUCGCGAUCUCUGCCGACGGCGGCUGCCUCGUCUCGUGCAGCUCGGACCGCUCGGUCAAGCUCUGGAGCAUCGGCCAGCGACGCGUGCAGGCCGAGCUCAGGCGACGCACGCCGGCUAGGAAGCCGCACAGCGACUCGGUCUUCUGCAUCGACGUCGACGAGUCGUGCUCCCGCGUCCUCUACGGCGGCCGCGACGGACUGGUGCUGCCGCGGGGCAGCUGCGUGCGCCGCUUCGACGCGGGCGAGAAGUACGACAAGCUGCUCGCCGAGCUGGCCGAGCCGACGGCGCAACGCACGUACAGCGCCUCGUGGUUCACCGCAUCGGCUCGCUCGGGCGCGCUCGAGCUCACGCUGUGCGCGAGCAGCACCUUCAACGCCGAGGGAUACGCCUCUGAGCUCGGCAUCGCCGGACAGGAGGACUUUCGGGUCAACCUCGGCGAGCAGCUCUUGUGCGCCCUCUUUGCCAGCUGGCGCGAGCGCCAAAAGCCCUCCCGUGCCGCUGCCAACGGCGCGGGAGGCAGCGGCGCCGGGGGCGGCGGCGCUGGCGGCGCUAACUCUGGCGGCGCGGGGAGCGACGGCGGCGGCGGCCAGUGCGCGUUCCGCUCGCUGGAGCAGACGCCGGUGUUGAUAUGCGACGGCAGCGUGGUGACGGCGCGCAGCAGGGCGUCCCGUCUCGGCGACUUGCCCGACGGCGCGGUACCGUCGUGGGUGGGGCAGGCCGUGCUGCACGCGCAGUUCUCUCCGAGGGCACCGCUCAAGCUCUCCUUCUUCCUGCAGCCGCACCCCGCCUCGGGCCUGCCGCUGCUGCCGCCCGACUGCAACAAGCUCGCCGCCGCGACCGCUCUCCGCCUCGACAAGGUCAUCGCGUACGUCGAGGAGCGCGUCCCGUCGGGCAAGCCGCUCGCCCUCUUUGCCAGCGGCAAGCCGCUCGCGCCCGACAUGUCCCUCGGCGCGGUGCGCGCUUUUGUAUGGAAGUCGGCCGACGAGAUGGUGCUGCAGUACAAGCAGGCCUGACGCGACUCAGCAGCAGCCCGGGGGCCAGCGUGGGGCCGUUCCAGCGAGGCAUCUCCUCUCUUGCGGCCCGGGGUGCGAACGGUUGCCAUGACGGUUGCGCACGCCCAUAUGGCCUACCAUUCCACACUGGUGUGAAUACGUCCCGAACCCAUACUUGGGACCCGUAGCAUAUGGUGCGCACGCCGCAUGCACACCACAGCAGGCGCCAGCACCCGGCACCCGCCAGCAGAGGAGGCGCGUGAAAAACGGCUCUGCGCGUGAAACGUAUUAUAAUACAACUCGCACACGUGCACCCCGAGCCAGCUGCACGCGUCCU